GUGCUUCCCUUGACAUCGUGCACUCGCGCUUCGUAUACCCCGCAAGUUUGCGAACCUUGGGCUGACUUCCACCUUUAUUCGCUCAUCGUCAAAGCGAGGCGGUUCUUAGCAUUUGUCUGUGUUUGCAGCGAGCUGGGCGCGGGACCUUCCGCAGGCAGCUGUGCAAAAGUUGUCUGUUUCAUCUAAGAACAACGAGCCCUGCUAGACACGAGCAUGGAAACCAUCCACGUUGUAUCGGGCGCGUUACGAGAUCUGCUUUCCAUGCGGGACCCCCGGACAAAAGAUUGGGAAACACUGAAGAACCCGAGCUACGUCAUUCUGCUGAUUGGCAGCUACCUCUACAUGGCCAAGAUCUGGGGACCGGAGUUCAUGAAGAACAGGAAGCCGUACGACAUGAGGACAGUCAUCAGAGCCUACAACGUGUUCCAGGUGACGGCCAACGCGUACUGCCUGUACCGAAUCACGUACCAUACGUUCUGGAUGGUCGGUUACAGUCCCAUCUGCCAGGGCGUGUCCUAUGGCACGGAUGACAAUUCGAUGGCACUCCUGGACGUGUUCUUCUUCUACUUCCUGGUCAGGAUCGCAGACUUUCUGGAUACCGUGUUCUUUGUCCUCCACAAGAAGUUUUCUUCGCACGUUACGGUGCUGCACGUCACGCAUCACACGCUCGUCGUCAUCAACGGAUGGGUUUUCCUCCAGUUCGGAUCCGACGGGCAACCGGUGUUCGGCCUGUGCUUGAACCAGUUCGUGCACAUCAUCAUGUACUCUUACUACUUCAUGGCCUCGUUAGGGCCCUCGGUCCGGCAGUAUUUGUGGUGGAAAAAAUACCUGACGGCGGUACAGAUCACACAGUUCGUGAUCAUGAUUAGUCACGGCAUGAUCCCUUUGUUUGUGGACUGCGGAUAUCCGCCCGUGCUUCUUUGCAUAGCUGUGCCGCAGGUGGCCUUUGUGCUUGUGCUUUUUAUCAACUUCUACAUAAAGGCUUACGUAAAGCGAUCGCCGUGUGGUCGCGCCAAGGAGUGCUCGAAGGAGCCUAACUGUCGUCAGCUUACGAUGAAUGGCGUGCGGAACAGCUUACUUGUUGAAAAGAAACAAAUUUAGCAUAAGGUCUUUGUGGUUUUGAUAGAGACUGCUUGCAACAUCACUGUUGUGUACACGCGGUGCAUCUGUGUGAACAAACGAACGUACGUUAGCGUAGAGCGUUUCCUGAACACUGCGUCCGCGUUAUUGCUUCUUUUUAAUCGCGCGUUUUUCCGCAACGUGCUUAAAUAAAAAAAAAAGAGAAAAAAGAAAAAGACAUUACGUCGUAGACGCAGACGGACGGUGUCUGAUUGUGAAAUGACUUGUUUUAUUGUUUUACCCGAAGCUCGAAUUGAUCUGUGACGAUUAUCAUGAACGGUAAUAAAUGACACACGCA